CUCGUGCAGCUGUGUCCAAUAAGGCGCCGGGGCUUUAAGUAAGACGGCAAGAGCUGCUAAACAGGUCUGCAGCAGUCCAGCAGAAUGCGUUUCAACGGAAGUUGCAGGGUUCUGGUGCUCCAGCUGCUUGCACUGCUGUUCUUUGGGCAACAUGUGAGAGCUUUUGAACCUUACUUGACUUCGCUUCAGAGUUCCCCUCGCAGCUCCAAGAAGUAUGCGUCUCUUACGGACACCCAGGUUUCAAUGCCUUCUGAAAGUUCUACAUCUCCCCUUGGACACAAGUAUCGCGAGCGAUUCUCACAGCAGAACCGGACACCCAUGGGACUGGGUACCAGAGGUCGUUAUGGUGGGCUGGCGGAUCGCGGUCGAGCAGAAAUUGCUCCCAUUUACAGACUGGAUCUAGAGCGCCGUCAACCAGAGAACAUAAGUCCACAAAACUACCAAGAUGGAACAAUUGUUUCAAGUCAGGGGAUCCAGAUGAUGGCUGCCCCGACCCCGCAAAGGCACAGACCAAAAUUUCGAGCGCAACAAAAGUCUGAACAGAAACCACAAGGUCGAGCAGGGUACCAACCCAAAUUAUCAAUGGCCUGGGCCCCACCAAGGUAUGAGCCCAGAUCACCAAAGGACUUUCAAAUCGAUAAAAAUCCACAAGAUAUGAGGCGACCAAAAUAUGAAAACCCACUGGCGCUUCCGAUGUAUCAACCUAAACCAUUACAAAGCUACAAUCGUCCUGCACGGGUGUUACAGAGGUUUGAACUCGGACCACCGCAGGUUCCGGCAUCAAAAUGGUAUGAACAUAAACAGCAGCAGAGGUAUGAAAAACCGACCAGAGUUCUGACGCCGUCAGCAUAUGAAAAACUAUCACAAGCUCUACCAGAACAUGAGUCAAAACUGCAGCGGAUGCACGAAAAACCAAUAUGGGUGGGAACCGGCUACGAAGCCAAACUUCAGCAGAACGCCUUGCCAUCGAGGUACGAGACCAAUUCGGCCCAGGACCAAAGGCCUCGGAGUCCAAAGACUCGCUUGAGAGCAUUCGGUUCUGGGCUUUACCCGCGGCACUAGCUAUCAGGUUGCCAUCGGACCUUAUGAGGUGGUCACUUGGACUACGUCGGAGCACACGUCAAAUGUUUACUCUUUAAUAACAGAAAUGAAAAUAAAUACAAUCUGAGAAGCAAACUUUCUUCAUGGCUUUUGA